UAAAACGCUUCAGAGAACCAAAGCAUGAAAGACGUCCCUGGAGGAUAUGGUUUUUAGAUACUUCCAAGCAAGCCAUAGGGAUGUUGUUCAUCCACUUCGCAAAUGUCUAUUUAUCAGACCUUACAGAAGAAGACCCUUGUUCACUGUACCUUAUAAACUUCUUGUUAGAUGCCACAUUAGGAAUGCUGUUAAUCUACAUUGGCAUACGUGCAGUCAGCAGCAUUGUGGAAUGGCAGCAGUGGGAGUCCCUUCGCUUUGGUGAAUAUGGUGACCCACUGCAGUGCAGUGCUUGGAUGGGCCAGUGUGCUCUGUACAUAAUGAUUAUGACAUUUGAGAAAACCAUCAUCAUUAUAGUGCUUCUUAUACCUCAAUGGAAAGAGGUAGCUUUACUGAAUCCUAUAGAGAACCCCCAGCUGGAGCUGGCUAUCGUCAUGCUGAUAGUUCCCUUCUUUGUUAAUGCAUUAAUGUUCUGGGUAGUAGAUAAUUUUCUAAUGAAAAAAGGGAAGACAAAAGCUAAACUUGAAGAAAAGGAAGCAGGACAAGAUUCAAGAAAUGGAAGUAAAGUCCGAUACAGGAGAGCAGCAUCACAUGAAGAGUCGGAGUCAGAAAUCCUUAUUUCAGCAGAUGAUGAGAUGGAGGAAUCGGACGCUGAAGAGGACCUGCGUAGACUGACCAACUUAAAGCCCGUUAAGAAAAAGAAGCAUCGUUUUGGUCUGCCUGUAUGA